GGGGAAGCUUCGAACCACCCGCAUGUUUGUCAUGUUUGCACAACGCCCCGGCCAACUUAGUUAACUUCAACCUUAUCAACUUCGAAAUGUUUUUUGUUCUCAAGACUACUUCCAUUCGAUUGAAUCGCAACGGUAGCAGCAUGUCGCUGUACCAGCGGGCAAAAAAAAAUUCCUGCCAGAGGGAAGGCCAUGGGCGUCUUUCCCGCUUCUCAGCAAACGAGUCUGUGGUAGAGAAAGCGACGGAUACAGCCACCGAGAUAGCAUCCAAGAUACGACGGACGGUCCAUUGGGAUGAAUUGGAAAGUUGGCAACGAGAUAACCAUCUCAUCCACACGGGAUACCGGCCGGCAUCCGGUUCUUUUACCGUGUCCUUUCGUUCACUGGGAUAUGUGCAUAACGAAACUGUGAAUAUCUACACCCACCUGCUACCAGCCUUAUCAGCAAUACCACUCGCCUUCUACCUCUACAAAGCCAUUUCCACCAGAUAUGAUAGCGCUACGCAUGGCGACGUGCUCGCGUUCGGCUGCUUCUUCGCCGGGGCCGCUUUCUGCCUUGGUAUGAGCUCCAUCUACCACACGAUAUCCAAUCAUUCUCCCGCGGUGGCGCGCAUCGGGAACGCGAUGGACUACAUUGGCAUCGUUGCCUUGAUCACAGGCAGCUUUAUCCCAAGCGUGUAUUAUGGCUUCUACUGCGUGCCCAAAUUCAUGAAAAUGUACUGGACCAUGAUAUUGCUGAUCGGGGCCGGGUGCACUAUCGUCUCGAUCACGCCACGCUUCAGAACCCCUGCCUGGCGGCCGUUUCGUGCUGGCAUGUUCAUUUCCAUGGGGCUCUCCGCGGUCUUCCCUGUGCUACAUGGUAUAUCGAUAUUUGGGGUAGAGCUGAUGUUGAAGCAAAUAGGGCUAUUCUGGCUCGUCCUGCAGGGCGCUUUGUAUAUAAUUGGAGCCACUAUAUAUGCUGCGCGAGUUCCCGAACUAUGGUAUCCUGGCGGGUUCGAUAUCCUAGGAAGCUCGCAUCAGAUAUUUCACAUGUUUGUUGUGAUGGCGGCAGUCGCACACUUGACUGGUCUUCUGCAGGCGUUUGACUAUCGGCAUAGCGGUUUGGCUUUACCGUGUCUGUAAUUUAUAGAAACUCAACUCAUAAUGUACAAUGUAUUUUUAAAUAUUAGACGAUAUCAAGUUUCUUUCUCUGCAAUUAUGGGUUGUAUCUGAAAUUUAGUCGAAUAGCCGGAUUUUUUACUAUUAAAGUUUCAACUAGCAAACUCACGGAAGAUUUAAGUAGGUAACUAGCUCUCGUCGUGAUUGACACCACAUUCUAAU